UAUGUCACCACUUAAAAAAGGAUUGCUCUUCAAUGAUGUUAUGGACUACUUUGUUCUCGUGUGUUAUAUUGCACAUUCCUACAAUACAAUUUGGCGGGACAGUGGAAAUUUAUCUAAACUCGUUUGUUAACAGUGGUGGACUUGGAAAUAAUGGUAUAUGUUGCGACUCAGCCUUAUACUUCAGCAGGGACAUGCACUUUUUAUGCGACCCCGGUUGUGAUCAUUUAUUUAUAGUGUGCUUAGAUGACCGCAAUGGACCAUCUAGCACGUCAACAUGCCAGUAUGGCUCUAUUCGAACAGGUAAUAUAAAUGAUAACAACACGAUCACGUUUGGCAGUAAUAUCGGUGGAAUUGAAAACCCCAUGUUCUUUCAAUUCUCAAAAUGGCCGGGAUCAAUGAAACUGAAGGUUCGGGUAGAAGAUAAUGAUGAUAAGAAACAAAACGAUUUUGUAAGUUUCCACCAGACUUUGAUAGAGCAAACACCAGCAAAUUCCAGAUCAACCGCUGAAGAGAAAACUGUAUCAAUAAAUAAUCGUACGAGAUAUAAUAAUGUACAUUUAAAACUUAAAGAAAGGGAUAUCAAGUUUGGAUCAGCUACAAGAUUUGAAGAGCUCGGUCGGGCCGUUUUGUCUGCCUCUAAGAAUACUGUUGGCAAAGACAAAUCACUUUCGGUUCCAGCAGUGUAA